AUGAAUUGGAGUACUGGUUCCAAAAAGUACAGAAAAGAAAAGGUCAAAUUCGCAAGCACUGAGUUUGAACGUUAUUAUCAUAUUGGCAAUAAACUUCAAAACUACCGAGCUCUUUGUCAGGAAUUGCGGGUCGAGGGGCCUCUAACUAGCGUCACACAGUGUCGAAAGGCUCUUGCUAAAGUGCAUGUCAACAUAUUUGACCUGAUCGAUUCUCGUCGCACAGGAGCGGCCGUUCAAAGAUUUCCUAACCAAGCUGCGCUCAGGAAGUACACCAAAGACACCGAAAAGAUAUUCCCAAAGCAAGCGGCCAAAGCAGACGGCUUUCUCAAGGAACUACUGCGCAGAAUCUUGUGA